AUGGAGGCAGUAACAAGGGCCCGCCUCUGGCUUCCCGAGCUAAUCUCGCUGCUUGGUGUGACACCGAAAGAUCUUUUCAACUUCGACGAAACAGCACUUUUCCCGGCGUGUCAGCCACGGAAGACAUGGGCGCUGGAGGUUCCUGUCGGCGGAAAAAUUGCAAAAGACCGUGUGACCAUCGCAUUCCUGUGCAACGCGGACGGUUCGUCCUCAUUCCGUCCAAUGAUUAUUUCCAAAGUGGUUCUUCUCGUGGACAAUGCAGCGAGCCACCGUGUUGAUUCGGCGACCGCUUUGCGCGAAGACAUACUGGGAUUCCGCACCGUGAAACUGAGCAACUUGCGCAUCGUAUACCUCCCUCCGAACACCACCGCUUUCACGCAGCCCCUUGACCAGGGCGUGAUCCGUGCAGUGAAAGCCCGCUUUCGGCAGCGGGUGAUUGCUGAUUGGCUGCAUCGGUGGGACGACAGCGGGAGCAGCGGCACCCGCCAGACCGUGAAGCCAAAAUCUUGGCAGAUGGUCAUGUGGGUGUUUGAGUCUUGGGAUGAUGUUGAACCUGAGACAAUUCAGCGCUGCUGGUGGCACGCAGGCAUUCUUCCUCGUGCCUGGAUUCCCCUCUUCCCGCGCAACGUCACCGCUACUACAUCGGACCCGGCAGCCACUAGUGAGCAGCUCGACUUGCUCUCCACGCAACUCCAGCGCCUCAAUAUCGGGCCAGCAGCAAUGACGGCGCUGGAGUUCAACUCUGUUGACGACCAAGUUCCCACAUGCGACUUCUUUGGGCCUGAUCCGCUGGCGGACGAACCCCCUCGCACACACGGCAGUCCUCGUGCGGAUCCCGUCCAGCCAAGUGGACCGGCCGACGCGGACAUGCUCCGCGAGCGACGCCGCGUGGCUAGGAACGCCACUGAGAUCCUUAUCGGCUAUGCGCGGGCGUCAAGGAUCCUGCCAAUGGAUCUGGCGCAGAUAUUUGGCAUCAGCAACUCUGCUGUACUUGCGCGACUGGAUCGAGCCAGUCGCGCGUACCUGAACCUGAACAACCCCCCACCUAGCAGCGGUAGUUACGCUGUGGGUGAUGCACAAGAUGCAACGGCGGUUAUGGACGGCUUCGCGGAGGAAGCUGAAUGGCUCCGCGACUUCUAA